CGCUCUGAUUAUCAUGCAGGUGAUGCUAGCUCUCGUUUUGCAGGCUCUUCUGCUAUAUCCAGUGACCAGUAUUUUGGUCGUCCUGAUCGAAACACAGAUUCUAACUCCUUUGGGGUUACUACUGACCUUGGAUCAAUUAAGGAUGGUGUCCGACAGAGCGUCACUAGAGUGGCUGGCAAAGUCUCCUCCAUAGCCAGUGGUCUGGUUAGUACACUACAG